AUAAAGUGUGUAGUAUAUGGAUUGUAUGUGGCUUUCAACGAAGAAAAAAUUAACUAGGAAAUCAAUUGUCUUCUUUUACAGUUAGGAAAUCCAAGUUGACAGGAAAACAUUCGAAAAAGAUAAAGCGAUGAUCAGAGUCGUGAUUAUUUUGUUCCGUUGCACAAGUGUUUACCAUAAAUUCCAUUUUAUUCACAAGCUAUGAGGAAUCCCUGUACCUUCCUAACCUUUUCCACGUUCAUAUCAGCACUCCCUAUUGUCACGACGUCUGCUCAAACCACAUGCGAUGUUCCAGUGAUCCCCGCCAGCGAUACCUUAUCAACGUCACGCUAUCCCAGAGAAGCAAUCACUCUUGAAUGUAACCCGUCCUCUUAUGAUACCAUAGAAUGGUUCUUUCGGUCUCGAAAUCAAACUGCUCUUGAUCCAUUCCCAUUUAGCUGGUGUCAGAAUCACUCUCAAGGUCCACUCUGUAGACUGUAUAAUAAGAACACUUCUUUGAAUAUCGAAAUGAUCAGCAAGGAGGCCAACGGAGAUUUCCUCUGUGUCGCCUCGUGUAAUAAGACGAAGAGGAACACUUCAGCAACUGUGAUCCUUUAUGUUGAAGAUUGCUUCGCCGACGUUCCUGAAUUAAAACCUCCUCAGAAUGUUAGUGUUUGCCUGGAGCAAACAGCGACACUCACAUGCAGAGCUCAUGUAGGAAAAUGUUACAACAAAAAUGAGGACAGUUUUUACGUUUGGACUAUGGAUGGAAAAAGAUUGCAAAACAACCAGAAAUACAAAAUAGAACAAAAAUUAGAAGGAGACGAUUUGGUGACAACUCUCACAAUCGGUAAUGUCACGGAGAAGGAUAUGACGUCAUAUAAUUGCGUGCUGGUUGACAAUAAAUUUCUUAGUGGCAACGGGAUUUCUACGGUAUUUCUCACUAAGAAAGAGACUAUGACAGAAAAUGUAGACAUCGACACUUCUGUUAUUGUUCUGUCUGUCCUGUUGCCGACUGCUGGGAUAUGUCUUUUCGUCUUCUGUUAUAUUUUUUUCUACUGGUGCUUUAGGUACCACUUAUGUAGGGGUGAAAAAGCAGAUCGAGGCACAAAAUGUUAUGACGUCUUAUUGUACAAGGACGAUGAUCAUACAGUGGAAGCGACGAGACUGAGAGACGAGCUGAAACGUUUAAUGUACACAGUGUGUACACCAGAAGAUAGUUACAAAGGUGGAGAGAUGCAGAGCCUACAGGAAUUAAUAGACUCCAGUUCCAGUGUUAUCUUCUUUUGCAAUUACAACGACAAACUUAUGGAUACAAUCCUAAGCAAAGCACAAGAAAGCCUCUCCGUUUUUGUGAUUCGAAAGAGCAAAGAAUCCAAGAAAAUAAGUAGGCUACGUAACAAAUCAAUGGCUGGUUUUAAAGAACUUUGCUGGCCUUCACACCGCGAGAGUUCUUUUGUUUGUGUAAGAUGGUGGAAAGAUGAGUUCUAUUACAGGCUUAGAUAUGGACUCCCAAAGCCCAGAUCAGACCAAUACUCACACGAAGAAGAACAAAUCGAAAACGAAAGAGGAAUGUAUACUGAUAUUAACCGCUGGGAAAACGAAAUGAACAAAUUAUAGACUGUACAAGCUAAACAUGCAAAAGAACAAUCAAAUACUGCGUUUGAAUUUUUAACCUAUUGUGUUUCAUUUUUUUUGGGGGGGGGGUCGUUGUUGUUAUGACUUGUCCCCUAAUGAUGCAGGAAUGAGUUCCCCAUAUGCCACAGCACUCAGCUGAGUCACAGAUACGUUGAUAUUGUAGCCUUGAACUUUAUCUCCAUGAAUUCAAUACAAAGUCGGAAUACUUCA